CGCCUUCUCCUCCUCCGCUUUUACACUCUUCACUGUUUUAUGCGUCACCCACAUCCUCUCCGUAUUUUCUAAUUGUUCCCUUCGCCGUCUCCGGCAACGGCAACGGAAAGUUCUCUUCUUUUUCCCCUUUUUUCCGUCAAAUCCACCGAUUUCGAUUUUGUAAUUCUGAAAUCGAAAUCACAAUCUUCUGUUGUUCUCUGUGUCGGUCCUCAUUGGCUUCUCCAGAAAUUAGUUCUCUGAUUUCAGCUUUGCUGCGGCGGCGAUCUCCGGAGGAAUCAUUCGUUUUCCGAUCGAUUUCAGCGUGUUAGGUCAUUUACUUUGCGUCGUGAAACAGAAAUGGCAACCACUGCAAGCGCUUCACUUCGCGAUUCAGAUUCAAGAAGCUUGCAAGUGCUUCUUGAAGCUUUUGGUUCUCGUUUUUCUCUUGAGGACAUUGAUACUGCUUUUUGCCAAGCAAAUCGUAAUGUCAAUAAAGCUGGUGAGAUCCUCUUUGCAAUGACGGAGAAGAUGCCUAAAAGUGACGAGCUCAAUGUGAGUGAAGCAAUUUUGGAUCCAACUUCUCGCAAUGUUCCCCAGGAAGUGCAUCAAGAAGAUAUGAAAAGCAGAGUAUCAAAGCCGAAGAAAUAUUCUGCAUCAGUUGGCACUGUUUCAAGUGUUAUCGGGAAGGAGUAUGUUAGUACCAGGACUUUAGCAAAUGCCCCCCGUAAAGCAACCAAACCAUUGAAGAUAGAUGCAAAGGAUAUUCCAGAAACUGAGAUAUGGAGUGAAGAAAUGCCAGAAAAUUCAAAGGGAAACAGUGACAGGUCACAGACUGAUGUCGAGGAAUUUCUCAUAAAGAUGCUCAGAGAAGGCUUUCAAGUUAAUCCAAGUGUUGUCCACGAGGUUCUUGGGAGUUGUGGAUAUGACGUGCACAAGAGCAUGGAGAAAUUGCUCGACUUGUCUGACAUAAAAAAGCAUAAUAAUGGCGGCAUUGCAACUGGAAUGAGACCUGAGGAAAAACCUAAAAAGCAGGGAUCUAAUUCAUGUCAUAACGUGGAAAUGCAAGAUUCUGCUCUAAGUGAUGCAGCAAGUAACUUGACAAGUCCACUCAAAGGAAGCAAAGUUAAAACAGAUCUGCAGAGGGAAGUUUUAGAAGCAUUGUUCUCAGGUGCUCAAAGUUUUGAGGAAGAAGCAGAAGAGAUACGACGAGUUGGAGAGAGAAGAGCCAGGGCAGUGGGUAGACCAGUUGCAAAACCUCUGGUUCUGGACGAACCGAAUCAUAAAAGAGUAGUAGUUGUAAAACAACUUCCUCAAACGCUCAAAGAAGGUGAAGAUCAUGAUGGCUUUGAAGCUCUACGAAAAGCAGCAACUGAGUAUUGGAAUGUGAUGAAAGAAUACUACAAAGCUGCUGUAGAAGCAUUUCUGAAAGGUGAAACCGAACGAUCAUACAGACUUCUGGAAGAAGGACAUUCUUUCAAACAAAAGGCUCGAGAAGCAGAUGAGAAGUCCGUAGCAAAGCUGGUAGAGGUCAAGGAAGACAGCGGACCAACUUACGAGGAGGAUGAAGUGGUGACACUGAAUUUGCAAGAACACCAACCAAAAGAAGCUCUUCGGGUUCUCAAGCAUCAGCUGACUUGCUUCUCCGGCAUCUCAUACUUCAAGUACCUUAGAAUCAUAGUAGGCGUCAACACCGAAGAUACCAAAAGCUCCCGUAAACGUUUGCUGGUUAAGCUGCUGGAGAAGGAAUCAAUCGCUUGGUCUGAAGAAGAUAAUGGCCUGACGAUGAUGAUUCAAGUGGAUAAGAUCGAUCCCAAAAGCUUGAGUUUUGCCAAGAAAUAGGGGAUCAUAGGAUGAAAAAAGAGUACACAUCCAUGCAAACCCUUUUAGCCUCAAAUCUGUCCAUCUGAACAUUCAAUUCCUUUUUUGCAAACCCUCUCUUAUCUGAGAAAGAGACAUAACCCAACACAUUUUUGCGUGAUACAUUCUUUUUUAUCAAAGAGACCCGAAGAUUCAAGCCA